AUGACAAACCCAGUGAUGUCUGUGAACCCUCUAUUGACAGCAUCAGGACAUCAGAGGAUCCCACUGGUUCCCCCGCCAUUUGGGCCUCCAAUUGUGGACAGAGAUGUCUUGUCUUCCAGUAUAGCUCCAGCUGACACAAGCCAGUUUUGUAUACCUUCCCAAUUUGGAUCCUCUGUUGUCCCAAACGCAAAUAUGCCAAACCCACUGUCCAGUCACUUCUACUCAGGCUGGGGCAUUUUACCACCUGAACCCAUAAAGGCAGUGACCACAAGGAAUGAGAUGAUGGAAAGGCAUCAUGCUGCCAGGACAGAAAUGGAAAUGUAUUCUCUUUACCAGCAGAGGAGGAUGGAAAGAGUUAAUCCCAAGGGACUGACUGGCCUGGGGAUGCCACUCCUUUAUGGGUCUAGUUGCCUGGGUGGCCCUGCAGGCUUCCAAGGCAGGAGCACACUGCCUGCCAGUGAUCUGCAUUUACACAGAAGCACCCUCAGACACCUUCAGGGAAACCCUAUUUUGCUGGCAACCAGACCACACUUCUCAGAAUGCUGGGGCCAGAAAUACCGACUCAGGAGAGGCUCGGUUUAUCAGAAACCUCUGGAGAAUGACAUUGGGAGUUUCAAAAGUCAAGCAGAAGAAAAAAGCUCAGGCCAGAUGCCUAUGGCUCCCUACGAAGAGGAAGAGGAUACCAAAGAACCAGAAAUCGAGGUAGACAACAACCAGGAGUCAAGGGAAACUGAUGAAAACCCAACCUCGGGCCUCACCAACCCCUGCGGAGAGCUCCAGGCAAGCCAGGCAAAGGCAUGGGAUGGAGGGAAGGAAGAGCCCUCUAAACAGGGCUGUGACGGCUGUGACGGGACGAACGGAGUUGGCCUGCCAGUGUCCAUACUGCCUCUGCCAGGAACACAUGAACUGGUUGCACUUAGGGAAAACCAUUCUUUGGCUGAUAUUCAGAAAUGGACUGUAGAUGAUGUGCAUAACUUCAUCAGAAGUCUUCCAGGCUGUUCAGACUAUGCCCAGGUAUUUAAGGACCAUGCAAUUGACGGAGAAACACUGCCCCUUCUCACCGAGCAGCAUCUUCGAGGCACCAUGGGGCUGAAGUUAGGGCCAGCACUAAAAAUUCAGUCUCAGGUAUCUCAGCAUGUGGGAAAUACAUUCUGUAAGAAAAUUCCUUCACUUCCCACCCAUGCAAAGCAAGCAUUUGAUCAACCAGCAGGCACGUCACCUCUUUUGGAUAUUAAUUCCUGGAGUGAUGGUUUGAGCAUUCCUUGUUCCCAGGAUAUAAUGGUUCCUAAAAGAACUGAGACAGGUAGUAUGAGAAAUUAA